CGCGCGUGAUCGCCGGCGCCCCCGAGCCCAGCGCGCCUGUGCCUGCGCCGCCCGGCCGCCCGCCCCCGGCCCCGGGCCCCGGCCCCAGAGAUGCUGCUGCUGGCGGCCGCCUUCCUCGUGGCGUUCGUGCUGCUGCUCUACAUGGUGUCUCCGCUCAUCAGCCCCAAGCCCCUCGCCCUGCCCGGGGCGCAUGUGGUGGUUACUGGAGGCUCCAGUGGCAUUGGAAAGUGCAUUGCAAUCGAGUGCUAUAAACAAGGAGCGUUUAUAACUCUGGUGGCACGAAAUGAGGACAAGCUGUUGCAGGCAAAGAAAGAAAUUGAAAAACACUCUGUUAAUGAUAAGCAGGUGGUACUUUGUAUAUCAGUUGAUGUAUCUCAAGACUAUAGCCAAGUAGAGAACGUCAUAAAACAAGCACAGGAGAAACUGGGCCCAGUGGACAUGCUUGUCAACUGUGCAGGAAUGGCAGUUUCAGGAAAAUUUGAAGAUCUUGAAGUUAGUGCAUUUGAAAGACUAAUGAGCGUCAACUACCUGGGCAGCGUGUACCCCAGCCGAGCGGUGAUCACCACCAUGAAGGAGCGCCGGGUGGGCAGGAUCGUCUUCGUGUCCUCCCAGGCGGGACAGCUGGGGUUAUUCGGUUUCACUGCCUACUCUUCGUCCAAGUUUGCCAUCCGGGGGCUGGCGGAAGCUUUGCAGAUGGAGGUGAAGCCGUAUAAUGUUUACGUCACAGUGGCCUACCCACCAGACACAGACACCCCUGGGUUUGCGGAAGAAAACAAAACCAAGCCCUUGGAGACUCGUCUUAUUUCAGAGACCACAUCUGUUUGCAAACCAGAGCAAGUGGCCAAACAAAUUGUUAAAGACGCCAUACAAGGAAAUUUUAACAGUUCCAUCGGCUCUGAUGGGUACAUGCUCUCGUCCCUGACCUGUGGAAUGGCUCCGGUGACUUCCAUCACAGAAGGGCUCCAGCAGGUGGUCACCAUGGGCCUUUUCCGCACCAUCGCUUUGUUCUACCUGGGAAGUUUCGACAGUAUCAUCCGUCGCUGCAUGAUGCAGAGAGCAAGAUCUGAGGUUGCGGACAAAACUGCCUAAUUCUUACCCCUUGGAAAAAGACUGUCUCUACAUAAUUUGACCAGCUUGCUGCUAAAUGGGACGCAGUUUGGGGCCUGCAGACACUUAUGUCUUGCUUUUGAAUCUGUGAGAUUGGACCAGUGCUCUUCAGAAACCUGGCUGCAAGCAACAGGUUGGAAGUUCCGCUCCAGACAUUAUUAUUAAUACUAUGCAAAAUGGAGCAGGGGACCACCUGAUUCUCCGAGGGGGAGAGGUGAUGGUAAGGAAACAGGAUUCCAGAGUGAUCACUGACCUUUUUUUCUAUUUAUUCUUUCUUUCCCGAUAGAGGUCCAGUCCAGAAAUGUACCUUCUGAGGACUCUUAACCUUCCAUGAAAGGCAGUUUUAUGGGUUUCUUUUUCUUUUUCUUUUCUUUUUCUUUUUUUCUUUUUAACUUGGUGUGUUUUAUUCCAGGUGCGUUUCACACAUUGCCACUGUGUCUGGAUGCAUAAUAAUGUCCCCGACUCACUCUGUGGCUGGGGGACCCUCGUGGCUUCUCUCUCUUUGAUCCCCUUAAACUACAAGGGAGGCUGGGAGAGGGCAGUGCAGUGGGACGAAGGAGAUAAAUAUUUUCCAGUAGGAAAAAAAUCAUGCUUUCUUGUCUUUAGACUUGAAUGCUUAAGGCACUUUUCAUUUUUCAUUCACGGAGAAAGACAGUGUCCUAAAAUGUUUUCUGAAGAGAAGUAGAAUCUUAGGAGCUUAAAAGUUUACAGUUUCCUCAAUAGCCAUGAAGAUCUGAAGCUCACCCAUUCCAUCGCAGUGUCUUAUUCUUGCCAUGUCUUCCUUUCCAAUUUUGCUUAUACUGAUAUAAUAUUUUUGUAAAAAAAGAAGAAAAGAGAAGACCAAUUUUUUGACUUGACUUUUUAAAUUAAUUGAUGAAUUUAUUAAAGCAAACAAAAAAAUUAGAAAGUGUGACCUUCUUCUCCUGUAGCAUAUAUGUAGCUCUUAAGAAAGGCUGAUGAUGGCAUAUUUAAGUUCUAUCUGUUAAGAAAAAAAGAUGUAGGGUGACAAGGCUGGUGGUGAAAAGACUUGCUUUUGAAAUAAGAUGAUCACCCCGUCCUUUCUGUGACCCUCCCGCUGGCCCUGAGAACAUCUACUUUGUACCCCAAGUUCAGAAGGCCCAGUUAUCACUCUCACAACGUAGCCCUGGACAUCCUGGUGCCCCUGCGUGUUGUUUCCAGAUGACAGGCUUCGUUGUUCACCGGUGGAUUCCUGCAGUAAGUGCCUCUGAUGAGUUGUAACCACCCCUACGUCAGCUGCUUCAGUCUGGCGCUGUGCGUGUUCCUCCGACUUGGGGACAGCCACUUCCAUUAUAAUGCUGUGUCCCCUCCCUCGGGCACACACAGUGAGCAUAUACAAUACCACAUGCCAGUCCAUUUUGGUGAGAAAAGACCACUGCUUUUGAAGAAGAAACUUUUUUUUUAAAUUGUUUUAAAAAAACAACUCUACAAAAGGUUAAAGACCUAAAAAGUAUUGCAAGCCUUUUUUUUUGUUCUUGAGUUUUUGAACCUCUUGACUUUAAAAUGACUUAGUCUUUAAACAAGAAAAAUGUCUCAUGGCUUUAAUCCACGGCGUCUUUUUGAAAGACGAGAGUGGCAUACUUUCAAACACCGACAAAGACAGAAGAAAUGAUUAUUUAAUAUAUUAGUUGCUUGGGAUGACUUCAUUGCAGUUUAUGGCGGUGGGUUGGACCCGUCGUGGUUUCUUGACUCUUGCAGUCUUAGGGAGCCAUCGUCCCCAAACUCUGUUGAGUCGUGUUGGGCAGCCUCUGACAGGGAGUGAUGGCUAUAUUUUCUUAAUUAUAGAAAACAGAUACAAAUUGAUAUCUGGAUGUUUCUCAAUUUUAUUCUUUUCUCAUAAAUGUUUCUUGAAUGUUGGCACCUUCUGCUGAUGGUCUGUAUUAAACUCUAGCCCAAGAUGAUGCCUCAUUUAAUAGGAUUAACUAUCUUGAAAUUGCUAUUUCAGUGUACGUUCUCAAGGUGCCCUCAUAGAGAGUACCGUCACCCCAGGUGACCUGCUGCCUGAGCAAAUGUGUGAGCCCCUGUUCCACGGGGUAUAGUACAAUCCCCGACCCAGUGGAAGCUCAGGCACGAGAGCAGAUGUGUGGAGAGGACGGUGUCAGGGAAGGGGCUGUUUUAUCAGAGAUGGCAAAGGUCUAUAGUCCUGGAACCAAAAAACUUUGAAAACUGAGGUGUUUCUUUUUUCCUUCCUAAAUUUGGUGCCAUAAUUCAUUUGAUAGCAAAACCUGACUUGAGCUGACAUGAGAUUAUUAUGUUUUUUAUUUAUGCCACUCCUUGGGCUGCUCAUUAAUUGUGUCUGAAGAAGUACCAGUGGGUUUGAUUACAGGGACUGCCCCAGACUCUGGAGAUGUUUUGUAAUAUCCAGUGUAUGUCCCAUAUUACCUUCCCAAAAUGCAAAAAAUGAUGAAUUCUGCAACCCAUCUGGCCUGAAGGGUUUUGGAUAAGGGAUUGUAGACGCUUACGUAGCAUCACACAAGGAUCUGACUUCAUCCAGAAUCUGGAAAUAACUAUAAGGCAAUUUCUAUGUUUUAUCUUUUUUGGCUCAAUUCUUAUACAACCCUUUUUUUUUUUUCACUGACUUGCUUUUUUUUGCUCAGGGGAAGAAAAGUAAGCCCUGAGUCAAAUUGUUAGGGAAACUGUAGGCUUUUUUUUAAAGGAUCACAUUGAUUCAACACUUUCUGUUGUACCCAGAAGUGGGUAAGUCUUACCCGUGGUAGAAGAAGUUUAAUCAUAAUUCUGUGGGUUCUCUGUAUGUGACCAUAGCUUAUUAUGUGAGUUUCUGUUCUGAAGUGCCUGCCUCUGCCAGGUUGGGUUGUAGUGUUUUAUUAUAAUGUAUUUGUGAGUAUAUUUAUUUUAAAAUGUUUAACGUUACGCAGCCAUAGAAAUUCCAAAAUAUGUUCAAGGACCCUUCAUAAUUGAAAAACAUAUAAAAAAAAAUUCUCACUUCUUUUUUACAAAAAAAAAGUCAGGAGGGUUGUUCUUUUCUAUAUCUUUUUCAAAUUUAAUUUUUAUAGCUGAAAAAGAGAAGAAAUUAAAAAUGCUACUAGUGAUGGCUCUUUUACAUUAAUACUUGUAUCUGUUUUGUUAUUAAGGUCUUUAUUUGAAUCUGUUCAACUAUCCAUUGUUGAUUCUUGAAAGUGAAACUUUGAGAGACCAUUUCUAGUAUUUUGAUGACAAAAGAAUUUUGACAAUAGUUGCUUCGAUUCAAAGAAUUGGGUGUCUUUGUCUUUCUAGAAGAAGGAAAUACCAUAAUUUUCCCCCCAAAUUAUAUCAUCAACAGAUUUAAUUUUAUCACAUCAUUUUCUAAUUUAAACAUGUCUUAUUCACUUGAAGACACUUAAAUGUUCAUACUUUUUGACGUAAAAUGUUUUGCGUCUUUCUCAUUUUCUUAAAUUAUUAGUAACUCAGCUUUGAAAAAUACCUACUAACCCUAACCGUCAUAGUCUGGACUAAAUCUUGUUUAGUUUGGAGCAGUGGUGGCAGAUUUGGUAUUUUGAAGAGGAGAUAAUAGCUGUUAUAUUUUACAGUUGCUUAAUGUGACAACUCUAAAGACAUUUUUAAACUGAUGAGAGUGCAUAUGGCUAUUUUGAUAUAUAUUAGAACCUGUGUUUGCUACUUUAGAAGCUUUUGUGGCAGAAUUGUAACCUAAUUUUCAUAUCUUGUAUUUCUGAAUCACAACAAGAAAUAAAUGGGGAACAUGCUUUA